AUGACCUUCUCGAAGCACGUAGAAGCAGCGGUAAUGAAAGCGGCAGAAAGGACUUCCGCCCUGCAGAAAAUGUUACCAAACGUAGGUGGGCCCGAUAGCCAAAGGAGGAGAGUUACUUUGGAGGCUAUACACUCCAUCCUCCUAUACGGGGCCCCGGUAUGGGCGGAAGUCAUGAAAAAAAAAAAUAAAUAUAAACAGCAGUACACAAAGGCACAAAGGAAACCGCUGCUUCGGGUAUGCAGCGCGUAUAGAACGGUAUCGGCUAUCGCGCCGCAGGUGAUAGCGGGUGCUAUCCCUAUCCAUAUAUUAGUGGAGGAGAGGGUCAGGAUAUACGAAAGGGUCCAAACUGACAAUGAAAAUAUAGAAAAAAUAAAGGAAAUGGAAAGGGAAGUCAGGUUGGACAAAUGGCAGCAAGAAUAG